AUGUUCAACGUGUGGGUUGAAGACAGUCGCAUGAUUCGCUCGCACAUCAACCAGCUGCGAAGCCGAACGAACGCCAACAGUAAGUCAACGUCUGGCUCGAUUCCGUCCAAGACAGACAAGCAACAGUUGGCUCUGGACAUCUUACUACGAGCCUGGAACCUGCACAAGCCAACCCAGCCACAACCACCAGGUCCAUCAACAUCACCGAGACCAUCACCGUCACCGGUUGCACAAACGCCAUCAACACUCGAAACGUCGGCUGAGCAUUCAACACCACAGCAAGUCUUGACAUCCACGCCAGCUUCUCCGAGCCUAGUUUGGGUUACUCCGGAAUCGACAACUUCGUCGACAACAGACCUUGGUCAGCCGUUGCCUACGACUGUAGUCCCAUCGUCCUCUACAACAAGCCCUGUGCCACUUACAUUAGCAGAAACCGAAACAGCUUUCCAGGUACCUCGCCGCUCUUCACGUCUACGAAGACCGCCGAUUAGGUUCGACCCGUACCAGUUGUAUUAA